AUGGCUGACUCAACAAUCAAAUUACCGGAUCUGGACCCCGUGGCUGUCGCCGACUUUCAUGACGCCCUCAAACGAUCAAAACGUAUGAUUGCCGUCAUAGGCGCAGGACUCUCGGUAUCUUCAGGGCUCUCAACCUUCAGAGGGGUCAGUGGACUAUGGAAGAACCAGGACGUGACCCAGGUCGCGUCGCUCGCGGGGUUCCGUCAUGACCCUGGCCUUGUCUGGCAGUUCUACACGUAUCGUCGGCAGGAGGCGCUCCGCGCGAAGCCAAACCCGGCUCACUACGCCCUAGCUGAGCUCGCUCGUCAAAUGCCCGGCUUCAUCGCUUUGACGCAAAACGUGGACAACCUCAGCCGGCUUGCCGGCCACCCGCCCGGCCAGUUGAAGGAGCUUCACGGCAAUCUGUUUACUUUGUCAUGCUUCGACGAAGCCGGGUGCGGGUACAUCGAGCGUGACAAUUUCGAGGCGUCUUUGGCACCCGCUCUUGACCCCUCCAAGGACGAGCAACAAACCAUCGGCAGCACAGAACCCAAGAACAAGCCCAAGGCUAGCCCUAUCCUCUUAGCUGGCAUCGCUCGGAAGAACGCGCAGAUCCUUGGCGACAAGUAUCAAAGCAGCAUCCCAACGACACAGGACAUGACCGCCCUCAAGCCUCCCGGACAACCAGCGAAUAACACGCCUGCUCUGACCCGGUUGUCUUCGGGGCUCUCGAAAGAGGAUUUGCCACAGUGUCCUAAAUGUAAGAAUAAUGCUCUCCGACCGGGGGUCGUUUGGUUUGGCGAGCCUCUGCCCAUCGACAUUGUAAGAGAGACUGAAGCGCUCUUCGAAAACCCCGAGCCCAUAGACCUUUGUCUCACCAUAGGUACUUCCAGCAAGGUUUGGCCAGCCGCCGGGUAUGCUGAUAUGGCCCGGAAGAAGGGGGCAAGGAUCGCUGUCAUAAAUACGUGCGCUGACGAUGCCAAAAAUAUACGGCCAGAACAGGACUGGGUGUUUGUCGGAGAUGCCGCAGUCGUCCUACCAGAGCUACUGAAGCCUAUCAUCCGCAAAGUACAAGAUAGGAGUAGUUGA